CAACUCUCCAACCUCGAUCCAGCCCACCUGUUCACAACCGCUCUGCAGGCUGCCAUUCCUUUACGAUUAUUUAUUAUUGAGCUUCGACUCUACAAUCUCUCGGCCAUCCCAUUCCAUUUUUCCCACACCACACGAAUCCUAAGCUUUGCUUUGUGAACCAAGUAUUCAGCAACAAUACCUCUCCGCGACCAUGCUUUCCGCCCUCCAAAAUCCCCGGCAGGCUGCUGCACAAGUCCUCAACUUCGUGCUGAUCCUAUCGACUGCAUUUAUGAUGUGGAAAGGCUUAUCAGUGCUCGCCGACUCUCCAUCUCCAAUAGUGGUUGUCCUGUCCGGGUCCAUGGAGCCUGCAUUUCAGCGCGGAGAUCUGUUAUUUUUAUGGGGCAGGAACAUCUUCGAGGAGACUAAAGUUGGAGAGAUUGUGGUAUACAAUGUGAAGGGGAAGGAUAUCCCCAUUGUGCAUCGUGUGGUUCGGAAGUUCGGGGUUGGAGAUGAAGCAAAGCUACUCACCAAAGGAGACAACAAUCUGGCAGACGACACUGAGCUCUACGCACGAGGACAGGAUUAUCUCGAGCGAAAGGACAUUGUUGGUAGUGUAGUGGCAUAUAUUCCCUUCGUAGGCUACGUAACAAUAAUGCUGAGUGAGCAUCCGUGGCUUAAGACAGUGAUGCUGGGAAUAAUGGGUUUGGUGGUGGUAUUGCAGAGAGAAUAACGGCAUGGCCCUCGGCGUUUGGAUGGAUACCCGGCACUGUAUGAUACAUCAAAAGCCUUUGCAUAUGGGAGGACUCGGAUCGGUGUACUCCUUGUAUUAGGAAUAAAACAGCGUCUUCCUUGUUGAAUACUUGCUUGUGCUGUUGUGUUGGUGGGAUGCAGACGUACUUUGAAGUCCACAAAUACAUCUGCUAUGUCUCACACCAAAUCAAUAGCUACAACACUACUGCUGUCUCCACCGGUAUAUCUCUAC